UUAGCGGACGGCCUCAAUUUUCUCAGUCUCUGUCGCGGCUGGUCUUCACGGCUUUCUUGGUGAAGAAAACAUUAUUUAAAUCUGGUGCUCCAAAAUUUUCUCGAGAAAAUCUAUCAAUCACAUUUUCUCGGAGAAUCUGAAAUUUCCUGAUCCAAUCAAGCGAAGAUUCUCAGAAUCAGUAAAUAAAAUUUUUCUUAAAAACUUCAGGCUUAAUGUGCCUGCAUCCAAUUGCCUUCCAUUUUCCACCCCUAAUUUCACUAAUCACCAACCUCAAGGAUUUACGUCUUUCCAUUUUUUUCCUAUUUACCUUCUUGUAAUUCUUGCUUUAAUUGCUUUCCUUCCAACAAGCCUUCUUUUUUAGGGGUUUAUUGACUGUUCCAUUGGGCCUUGUUUCAAUUCGAAACGCUCGUUCUUGGCGACUGCUCAUAGUAGCUAGCGAGAGAGCGAAAGAGUGAGAGACGGGUGAAUUUUUUUUUUAAUAUAAAUUCAUUAGGGGAAUUCAUAAGUCUAAAUUUGUUUUUGUGCGCUUAGAUUUUUAGCUCUGAUCGCAUACUUUUGUACGUCUAGCGAUUUCAAUUAAGUGAUUUUAGUUCGUGUUUCAAGAAAGAAGGGGAAAAAAAGGUGGAAGAAAGAUGACGAUCGAGUCGUUGCCAGGAAGCUCAGGGUACUUGGAUUUGUUCCCAGAGAGGAGAAUGUCAUAUUUCAGUAACACGUAUGUUUUGAGAUUAACUGUGAUUGCUGGAAUAGGGGGUAUGCUCUUCGGCUAUGAUACAGGUGUUAUUUCUGGGGCCCUUUUGUACAUAAAAGACGAAUUCGAGGUGGUCAAUCAGAGUAGCUUCUUACAGGAAACAAUUGUUAGUAUGGCCCUCGUCGGUGCAAUCAUUGGAGCUGCAUCUGGUGGUUGGAUUAACGAUGCGUAUGGACGCAAGAAGGCUACCCUAAUUGCUGAUGUUGUCUUCACUGUUGGAUCAGUUGUCAUGGCAGCUGCACCAGAUCCAUAUAUUAUAAUUCUGGGUCGAUUUUUAGUUGGCCUUGGUGUGGGUGUCGCAUCUGUCACAGCUCCUGUGUAUAUUGCAGAAGCAUCUCCAUCUGAAGUAAGGGGGGCACUAGUGAGCACAAAUGUUCUCAUGAUAACUGGUGGACAGUUCCUUUCCUAUCUCGUUAAUCUUGCUUUUACGGAGGUCUCUGGAACCUGGCGGUGGAUGCUCGGAGUUGCAGCUGUGCCAGCUGUGGUUCAGUUCUGUUUUAUGCUCUGUAUGCCAGAAUCUCCUCGUUGGCUUUUUAUGAAGGAUGAUAAAGAUAAGGCCAUUAUGGUACUUGCCAAAAUAUAUGACAUUGCUCGAUUGGAGGAUGAAAUUGAUCACCUAUCUGCCUCUUCAGAGGAAGAUCGCCAGAAACAGAAUAAUAUCAGAUACUUGGAUGUGUUCAAAUCAAAAGAAAUCAGACUUGCAUUUCUUGCUGGGGCUGGACUUCAGGCUUUUCAACAGUUCACGGGCAUCAAUACAGUUAUGUACUAUAGCCCAACUAUUGUUCAAAUGGCUGGCUUUAGUUCCAACCAAAUAGCACUUCUCCUUUCCCUCAUCAUUGCUGCAAUGAAUGCUGCUGGAAGCAUUCUUGGCAUUUACCUUAUUGACCAUUUUGGGCGGAAGAAGUUGGCUCUCUCAAGCUUAACUGGUGUAAUUGUUUCUCUUGCCAUCUUGGCUGGGGCAUUCUUUGGCCAAUCAUCUGAUUCUUCAAAUUCAUUCUAUGGGUGGCUUGCAGUGUUAGGGCUAGCCUUGUACAUUUGUUUCUUCUCACCUGGAAUGGGACCAGUUCCAUGGACUGUGAACUCAGAGGUUUACCCUGAGGCUUAUCGAGGGAUAUGUAGUGGAAUGGCAGCUACUGUGAAUUGGGUUUCUAAUUUGAUCGUGGCCCAAACUUUCCUUUCACUUGCCAGUGCUGUGGGAACAGGUCCAACUUUCUUGAUCCUUGGAGGUGUGGCUGUCGCAGCGGUUGUGUUUGUGAUUCUGUUUGUGCCAGAGACUAAAGGGCUCACAUUCGUUGAAGUGGAACAGGUAUGGAAGCAGAGAGCUUGGGGCAGUAGUUAUAACACCGAGAGCCUUCUCGAGCAAGGAAACGAAACGCCAUAAGCAUGUGCACAGCCCAAUAAUAUCAGCAUCAUAUAUAAAGGUUUUGAAGAUAGUUUAUAUCUAUCAUAGUUUUCUGGUAUCCAUAAAUGUGAUAUGCAUGGAAAUAUUUUGAAAUCAGUCCAGCGCAGUCUUAAAUAUUCUAGGGUUUAAAACUUGGAGAAGGACAUGAAAGCUUAUGACUGUUAGAUGUAUGCAAGUAAGACUCAAUUUGGCCUUGAAUCCUGGGAGUCUUUUUAAGUGACACCCUAGGAAAGGCUGUUCUUUUAGAAUUGUGUUCUCUAUUUUAUAUGUGGGAAGUUGUAUUCAUUUGAGGGACAUGGACUCUCCUUCUUGUAUUUGGGUGUAAAGAUUAUAUGUGAUGCUGAUGCGUUAAACUUAGCAUUAAAGUAA